CGCUGUCACCGGCGGCCCGGCGCCCUCCUUCUCUCGCGCUGCACCCGAACCUCGCUCCCGCUCCCAGCUCUUCUUCCUCCUCCGCUGCAGCUAGGGUUUCGUCUCCCCGAUCCCCAAUCCCCGUGCAGAUGGAGAACCGAAAUAAGUCCGACCUCAAGAGGAAGCGUCUGGACGAUGGGACGGAGCAGGAGCAGGAGCCUGCUAUCAAGGAGACGUGCCAAGUCCUGAAGGAGAUGGAAAGCGAGGUCCAGAACCUCCGGGACGACAACAACCUGCUCCGCGACGAGCUCCUUGGCAAGGACCGGCAGCUUGCGGAGACGGAUACGCUUUUAGUUGACAGGGAGCACCAGCUUUCAAAGAGCCAGACACUUCUAGUUGACACAAAGGAGUUUGAAACUGAAACAGUCCUGUCCAGUUUCACCUGCAAGGACCCCAUAACCAAGGAACGGAUCUAUGGUCCGCAUAAUCUAGGUAGUUGGGACGGGGAAUUCAAGCCGGACCAAGAUCUGGAACAGGGGGUCAGAAAGGAGCUCCUCGCCAAGAUCCGGCGCUACUACGAGCGGGUGAAGAUCGUCGACGAAGGCUUCUGCUUUGGCCUACUAGAUCCGGUUUCCAACAUCGUCGUCGCCGAAGCAAUCGCCCAAAGCAAGCUGCUGGUGGUGGAUGAGGAAGACAAGGCCGAGCUGGCUGAGGACUCACAUGGUCGUCAACGGCCGAUACUACGGUGCAUUUUUGAGCGGUCGCUCGACGGUCUCAUCGCCUUUCUGGUGGCCCUCUUUCCCCACCUCACCUACUACAGGGCCGAGUGGUAUCUCAACAAGGCUAAUUUGGAUCCCCUCGUGGCCGCCGACCUCAUCAUCAAGCACCGAGGGAUGGAACAGACCUUCAGGUUUCUAUCUGACACCACCGUGGCAGCCGUUGGAAUGGCGCUAAGAUGUGCUGCAGCUGCCGCCCAGCACCCCAACCCACGGAAGUUCGCUCUAGGGUGGAAGCUACUGUCCCCUUUUCUCUGCAAGAUCAACACCCUGCUUUCACCACCCUACGCAGCCCGAGACCCCGGUCUGCUCAUCGACAUCCAGGAACUACUUCAGCAACCUGAACCACCUGCUCUUUUCGUCCUGGAGGAAGCCUGGAGGCUUGCCUCUAAACGCACUGGCAGCAACCUGAACCAUCCGGAGAUGCAAGUGCCGCUGCUGCCGACUCUGAGGCAUUUGCUUCUCACCACCAUCCAUGGAUACUACCUGGAGGCUCUUGCCUGUCUGCCCAAAGACAAGCUGCGGGGCUCGCACCAGUACCACUACAGCUUGCUCCAUGCCGGCCACUGCUACGGACCGCUGGACCCUGUCUCCAACAUCAUUGUUAAUACCCUCUGGUAUGCCCAAGCCUACCCUCUAAAGCUAGAGAAAAAGAUGGACAUCGAGGUCAUCAGCACCAAAGCCCUGCUGCGAAUCGCACUCCGAUCCCUGUAUGGCCUCAUCUCCUUCCUUUGCACCCGCCACCCCACCCUCACGCUGGGUGAAGCCAUGCAACAACUGCAGCUGGCUGGGGCCUAUCUCCAAAAGGCCGAUGAUCCAAGCCAUCACGAUGGUGGUGUCGAACAAGAAGCCUACAUGGCUGCUGCCAAAGCCGCACACCACCCCAAACCUCUUGAACAGGCCCACUUCCUCGGACCAUCUAAUUCCAUGCUCAAAGGCUGCUUGGAACUCCUCAACCAAAACGAAGAUGCCAAGGUCCGCACAUUAAUUCUGGGCCACUUCCAAACCAACAGCAAACCUGCACAAGAAACAAAAAACACCAACGUGUUAGGCCCGCGGGCUUACAAAGAUGUAAUGAGAAUGAUAGGCAACUUCUGGUACCAGCACACCAGUGUGGUGGGAAUGGUGAAGUCUGCAAUCGAGAUGUACAACAAGAAAAGCCAGGUACAACCCAGCUAUGAGGUCCAUGUUAUCUGCGGUGUCAAUCAGGACGUGGGUGGCCGUGCGGACCCAAUGAGGCCCUUUGAACACAUUAGCCAUUGCUCCCACAUCAACUUCCUUGCCACUCAGGUUGCUGGCACUCCAAAGCUCUUCUUUGCCGAGUGUCGCAACGUUGGCUCCAAGGAGGCGGUGUUGUGCUGUCCUGUUGAUAUGCCACUUCCAGGCUCUGAGCAAGUCCGUUGCCUUUACUGUGAGUCUGGAGGGAGGACCAUCGUGCACCCGACGAAGGAGAGUUUCGUGGGGCGUGACAGAGAGUUUGAGGAGAUGUUCUGCGGCGAAGGAGACACCAGUGUUGACAUCAUGUCUCACUGCUAUUACACAAUCUUGUAUUUGGAUAAUCUGGAGGAGGACCGGAUCUACGGCGAUUACAGCUGCGACAGUGAACUCCAAGAGGAAGUGCGGUUGCUUGACAUAAAUUAAGCACAUGCAUGACCCAUCUGAUGAAAAACCACUGUCUAUUAGUAACCUGUGUCGCCAUAUUUUAUUCCAUCUAGAACCUUUAUACUCCUCCUAUAAGUCAAUUGUCCGAUCGAUGCUGAACAUUAUUGAUGCUUAAUCUGCCUGCCUGAACUCCUGUUUCAUUCUGGCCAACAUAUUGCAGGUAGUGUGUGGAUUGUUUGUUCUGGUUUGGGACCAAGUUGAUGCAAAUCUGUUCUAAGUUUUGUC